AUGGCUCGAGGGAAACUCCGCCGCAGGUACCUUCUCAGAGCGUAUAAGCAACCCAUGCACACCCGCACGUUCUGGCUGUCGCGCGCCAGUCACAAGAAGUCCAACAAGAAGUACAACAACAACAACAACAACAACAACAACAACAACAACAACAACAACAACAACAACAACAACAACAACAACAGCAACAACAACAACAACAACAACAGCAACAACAACAGCAGCAGCAGCAGCAAGUACAAUUAUAUUAUCAUCACUACCAACGCCAGCAACAGCAACAACGCGUAUCGAAUACGCAAAGCUUGUCUACUUUUGCUCCUACCGUUGAUGCCUCGUUCUUUCAGCACUCAAUCGGUUAUCUGA